CCUAAGCUGAGCGAGAGAGAAGCGACGUACGGGGCCUCUCUGAGCAGGAUUACAAAUACAGCACGUGUGGACUAUAUUAUUUUUUCUAAACCAGCUUCUUUCUGGAAUUCUACUUUUUCGUUUGUUAGCGAAUUUUGAACUCGUAAAGGCGAGAUGACUCUGGAAGAGGUUUUGGGUUGCAGCAGCUCAGACAAAACAAUGGAGAAUGUUAGCCAAGCUCUCGAAGAGCUGCUCGCGGCUGCGCGCAGACAAAACUGUCUUACGGUGGGAGUCUACGAGUCUGCCAAACUCAUGAAUGUUGAUCCAGACAAUGUAGUACUAUGCGUCCUGGCGACGGAUGAGGAGGACGAGAACGACGUCGCGCUACAAAUCCACUUCACGCUCAUCCAAGCUUUCUGCUGCGACAUUGAUAUCAAUAUUGUGCGAGUCUCUGGCAUGCGACGCUUGGCAGAAGUUCUCGGCGAGUCACUCGCCACUGACAGCAACGCUAAUGACUCAAAGGACCUGCACUGCAUACUCGUGACUAACCCACAAGCUGAACAUCUACAGCUGAGCGAAGUGGGACGUUACUGCAAGGAGAGUCGUUGCAGAAAUCAGUGGGUGCCCUGCAUCGCCCUUCAAGAGCGCUGAAGAACGUUGCCCCACAUUUGAGAAAUAGGCCUGUAAUGAAUUUGAUGAUGUCAUUUAACACUGUUGAAGAGUUAAAUACAUCACUGUAAAAGGGAUUCGCUAUUAAGUCCUGCUCAAGAUCACCACGUAUUUGGAAAAAGAAGGCAGCGAGGAUAUAAGGAAACAGUUUAUGCCGUUUUGUCAGUGGUAUAGAGCGGUGAGAUGCAGACUGGCGCGGUCGACGUCGGCCAAUGCCGUUACGCCUGCGAUGGGGUUGCACAAGAGUGGAACGGUGCAGAAUUUUAACUGGAAGUACAACACGAAACUUUAAUAAGGCGGCGUGGAAGUUCGAGGGAAAAUACAACUUCUGUUCGAAAAAUGCACAUUAUGCAGCAUUAACGAAUGAACUGAUUUUCUUGUUUUUGUAUUAAAUAUUUAUAGUGAACACUGACAGUAUGUAGGCUGUAACAAAUUAGAAUUAUUUAUUUAUUGACUGGCAUGCGUUUACACCUUUUUAAAAAUAAAUUCAUAAAUUGUAAACUGCA